AUGAGGGAAGAGCCCGUGACAACUGCACGAACUGUAAACUGGAAAACUUCAGGGAGCUCUUCAGAUCAUUUGACACUUGAACAUAGUGUAUCUACACCUGGUCCAGAUCUUGCCACACAAGUGUUCAAGCAGGCAAGCAAAGAGAAUGUGUCUAACCUCACUUUUGUGGAGUAUGAGGUACUCUUACCUGGUGUUUCUGGUACUUCUGUGGAAAAAAAUAUCACUUUGGACAGUGCAACUAGAAUUGAACUUUCAUGCAGAUUGGACAAUAAAUAUUCUCAUCUGAAAAGUUUUCAAGUGACUUGGAAGAGGGGAAAUGAAACUAUCAGACACAUCAAUAAAACUGAAAACAGUUGGGGCAUCCAAUUGAGGAUUUUGGAUAACAGUAAGCUGGGAAGUUACAGUUGUACCCUGAAAGGUGAAGAAGAAAUCAGCGCUGUGUUUCAUUUACAAGUACCAAAAAUUGAAGGAAAAGAAAAAAACAUAGUCAGUUAUGAAGGAGAUACAGCUGUACUGGUUUGUAAAAGUUCUGGCUAUACUCCCAUUGCUUGGACGUGGUAUAUGAUCAACGGAAGUGAACAGAUUGCCAUCAAUGACUCUUUGAUGGCAGACAAGUAUGUAAUUAAUAGAAUACCUACCAAUGUAACCCAUCUGAAGAUAGUGAAGCUCACCAAGGAAGAUGAUGGUGCAUAUUGGUGUGAAGCUGCCUUUGAACUAGGGAAAAGUAAAGGAAAGCUGAAGCUUAAAAUUCUGUCCCUCAUGGUGCCUCUCAAACCCUUUUUAGCAAUUGUGGCUGAAGUUGUUAUUUUAGUAACUAUUAUUUUCCUUUAUGAGAUAUAUUCGAAAAAGAAAGAGAAACAUGCAGAAGAAGAAAAAGAAUUUGACCAAGUUGAGCAACUUAAAUCGGAAGAAAGCAAUGGUCUGGAAAACAGCAGUGCUAGGCACAGAAAAAUCUAA